AUGAAUCCGCUUCUUCUGACUCUUUUCCUUGCAAGUCUGCAGCUCUACAACAACGCAGUCACUUCAGCUGCAGGCUUUAAAUGUCAAAACUCGCUAAUUUCCGACCAAUGGAGGAAAGGAAUUCUGGAACUUGUCAAUGGUUUUCGUCGAACAGUAGCGAAAGGAGAGCAAGUAGUUAAAGACGCCAAGACAGCGCCGAUGGCUAAGAAGAUGAAUCAACUGAAUUGGGACUGCAAUAUAGAAGCAGCAGCACAGACUGCUGCUGCGACUUGCCCUACUACACCUGCACCAUUACCGACGUUCCAAGCCUCCACCUAUAAACUCGGCUAUAUAACUGCGACGAAAACAAUUAAAGCUAACAGCUGUGACGCUACCAAAACAGCAAAAGAUUUGCUGACUGAACUAUGGAACGCCGCAGUUCCAGAUCAAGAUCAAAAUCUAUUAGGAAAGGGCGAGAAAGUGUUCUCUCAGCUUGCCCACGACAAAGUAAGUGCAUUCGCAUGCACAUACCAAAUUUGCCAAUCGACAAACUACUAUCUCUUGUGUUUCUUCAACCAGAAGCCAGCCACUACGGAUCCAAACGUCUAUGAAUCUGAUGCGAAGAAUUACUGCGGUGACUGCGAUACUUGUGUAAAUGGUCUUUGCGAUACACCUUUAGAACCAGCACUUUUCAAGAGCACAUUUUGCGGUACCGGUGCCAGUGCCUGUACAGGCAAGUUUUCGGACAAUUUUAGACGUACUGCACUGGAAAUGCACAACUACUACAGACGCCUCCUUGCUACAGGAUGGGCGAAGUCUGGUGAAAGCUAUGCAAAACCAGCAACAAAAAUGAUUGAAUUGCAAUAUGAUAAAGCCCUUGAAGCCGAAGCUGUGAAGAAGAUUAAAGACUGCAAAGCUGAUCUAAACAAUGCAGUCGGAGAAAAUUUCUGGAGUACAGAUGUCAGCGCAACCAACAAUAUUGGUGAAGUCGCCAUUAAAAAGGCAGUGGCUAAAUGGUGGAAGCCUUCUGGAAACAAAGCUUUUGGAGAGAACCGCAAAAAUACCAAAGGUCUCAUGUCUGCCGCAAACAUAGCAUAUGAUGAAGCCACCAAGGUCGGCUGCGCUAUAGAUGCUGGAGCAGCUUGCCUGAAACUCGGGAAGCUAUAUAUUCUGUGCAAAUAUGACAAGUCACCUGAUAUAGGUGAAGAGAUCUACGAAGCUGGAAAUAAGGCGUGUUCGAAGUGCGUUACUACCGGUACCCACCCGUCGUGCUCUCCGUUGGGUGGAUUGUGCGUUUAA